CGCUGGAACCUCGAUAUUGGCUGGGAGUUAUCCCAACCUUUGGUUUGUCCCUCAUUAAAAUCACUUCUGCCAAAGGCUCAUUUUCAGGCUCUUCUGCUUCACAGAGGAAGUUCUGUGCCUGUCGUUUUCCAUUCAAUAUAGGACCAGUCUUAGAAGACUUAGCGCUUCAGUUGACCAGCUUGCUUUAUUUCCAGUAGUAUUCGGAAACUAGCCUCCCCUGCAGUUUAGGACAGAGGAGGAUUAGGGUAAUCGUGGUUUUCUCGUGUCGUCCGCCGCGUUCAGACAGUGUCAGGCCAGAAAUUCUGUCCUGGAAGGCGACUAUAAGGGGGCGGAUCGUUCUAGCAUUUGGGGCUCCAGAUCGGCUGCUAGGCGUCAGAAAUGUCAGACGAUUGGGAUGCUGAGGACUUCGAGCCGCCGCCAGUGGUGGUGGCGAAGGAGCCAGUGAAGUCGUCAUGGGAGGACGAGGAGGAGGAAGAGGAAGCACCGCCGCCCUCCACCACCACCGCCGCAGCGAAGCCCAAGGGAGAGAAGAAGAAGAAGAAGGCGGAGGAGAAGGGCAAGGAGAAGGUGGAGGAGGUGGACGACGAGGUGCUCUCGGACCCUCUAGCGGAGAAGCUAAGACAGCAACGGCUGGUGGAGGAAAGCGAUUUCAAAGCAACAAAAGAGCUUUUUGGGAAGAAAAAGGAGGCAGAACGGUCACUGGACGACUUCCUACCCAAAAGCGAGGCGGACUUUAACGAGUUUGCAGAUUUGAUUGCCGCCAGAAUCACUCCCCACUCGAAGAGCUUUCACUACGUGGCGCUGAUCAAAAACAUUCUGAGAAAGGUGGAGGCGCCCCUGGUGGGCAAGGAUGCCAAGGAGGUCAGCGCUGCUGCAGCUGUGAUCGCAAAUGAGAAGCUCAAGGCAGAGAAGGAGGCGGAGAAGGGGAAGAAAAAGGGAGCCAAGAAGCAACAGUUGACUGUGGAUCGGCCAGAGGACGAUGAGUAUAAAGGAUCUUACGGUGGCCCCGAUGACGAAUACGACUUCAUGUGAAGUGUGCCAAUUCACUAGCCCCACUAGCGUCCAUUCAGUUACAGUAUUUAGACUGGUUUGGCCAUGUUGAAGGAUGCUUGAUCUGAGGUUCCACCAUCCUGGCCCCUCUAUUGAGUGUAGUUACUGCAAUAGGCUACAAGGAGAUCUCUAUGAAGGAUCGCCUAGUGGCCUUGCUAAGGACUACGAUUUCAUGUGACAGUAGCAAAUCUCCCUAGUGCUUCGUUAGAUACCAACUGUUAUUCAGGGUGGCACGGCAGAUACUAAGGCAAGUCAUCCUUGCACUGUGGAUGGUAGACAUGCCUGGAUGCGUUUGUGUCUAAGGCCUAGGGAAUUGGUACCAUACCAUACCAUGCCUGU